GUUGGGUAUAUUACAUUGGGUAAAAUUACUUGGCAAAGUAAGUGAUGGAACUUUUUUUUUAUAGCGGAAGUAUCAUAGAGUUAAGAAGUGUCUUAAACUUUUUAAAGAAACUUGAAAAAUACCAGAUAUUUUAUCUAAAACAUGCCAGAAAAUGUUAAGCGUUAUUGUUUUUAUUAUUAUUAUUAGUAGUAGUAGUAGUAGUAGUAGUAGUAGUAGGCAUAUUGCAAUUUACUUUGGAGUAGAAUCAUGACCAACAUUUCAUUUAGUGUUAAAAGUUUAAAUAUGUUUGCAGGGCAAGAUUCUUUUUUUAAGAUGUUGGAAACAGUUCUCUGACAAACAAAGAUCGUAUAAAUGAGUUUGGAAGUUUUGAAUUAACCGGUUGACCUUUGAACAACAGAGAUGGAAGCUGAACUUAAACAUUAUGAACCAGACCGGAGGACAUUUGGAUCAAAGUCUGAGGGAUUGCUUUGAUCACAUUGUUAUAUACUUUUUUCCUAUCAUUUAAUUUAAACUUACUAGAAAAAGUUUCAAAUGAGAUAACAUUGUCAUUUAUAAUGUGUAAUCUAUGGAGUCCUAAACUGUUCAUAAUUAAGGAAUGAAAAAAAAAUGACCUUGUGCAAAUACAUAAUCAACCAAUAAAUCUCUCAUAGUAAUCAAGAUUAUUUUAAAAGUAAAAGUCUUUUUUGGGGGGGAAAAAUCCUGUUUGUGUUAAUAAUGUGUGGAUUAUGCAGUCCAGUAGAGCAAAAUUGUGUGUGUUUGCGUUGUGUGGCAACACACUUAAUGAAGUUAGUGUAAUACGAACGGAAGUUGGGACUGGACGCUGGACUGCAGAUGCGCCUCACAGUCAUUUCUCCUCCAGCCCACAGCCACACUCACUCACUUGACCGACACUUCUCUGAACACGCAGCGCGUGAACCUUAGCCGGCCAGCACGCGGACGCGGAGGGGAGGACGAGUUCUGUGCUGGUUCUGCAGAGCCACACCGGACCCCGCCUAUAACCAUCCUUCCAAAAUAAAAGCUCGCAGCUGCUUUGUCAGGGCGUGGAUGAUGGGUCGGAUCGGGAAAUUUCUGCUUCUCUUGAUGCUGAGUGUUUGCUCGAGCGCGGCCGAGCUGGCUGGCGAUGACGCCUCCUGCGACGGGGCGUUUGAUGUUUACUUUGUCUUGGACAGAUCAUCUAGUGUAAGAGAACACUGGAAGGACAUCUAUGAGUUUGUGAAGCAGCUCACCAACAGAUUUGUCAGUCCUCAGAUGAGGGUCUCCUACAUCGUCUUCUCAGCUCAGGCAGCUGUAAUUCUUCCUCUAACUGGAGAGAGGUCCACAAUAGAUGCAGGUCUGAGCCAGCUGAGCCAAAUCCAUCCCGCUGGUGAAACGUUCAUGCAUGAAGGCCUAAAAGCAGUGUCAGAGCAAAUGAAAAAUCAAGCUUCAGCAUCAACGAGUAUCGUUAUAGUUCUGACUGAUGGCGAGCUGGCUGUCUUCCUCCAUUCAAUGAGUGUGGUUGAGGCGGACAAAAUCCGACAGUUUGGAGCCAGAGUUUUCUGUGUUGGGGUCAAGGACUUUAAUCACAAUCAGCUUACUGAAAUUGCAGAUGGUGCAGAGCAGGUUUUUCCAGUCUUGUCUGGCUUUCAUGCUCUCAAAGACGUUGUCAACAAGGUCCUGGAGCAGUCAUGCAGCAACAGUUUCGUCAUCGAGCCGUCCAGCGUGUGUGUGAAUGAAUCCUUUGAGGUGGUGUUAAGGGGCACCGGCUUCAGCGGAGCCAAGAGGAUCGACAACGUUCUUUGUUCACUUUCCAUCGACAACGUGACUCACUAUGAGAAGCCCACAGUGGUUGGAGAUGGUCAUCUGCUGUGUGCAGCUCCUACUCUAUAUGAGAUUGGACAAUCCCUUCAAGUGCUGGUUAUCCUAAACAACAAAAAAGUCAUCAUCUCUGGUCCUGUACACAUUCAUGCUGUUAGUUGCUCAGAUGCGACCUGGGUCCUGUGGAUGGUGUUGGCGCUGCUGCUGGUGAUUGCGCUGGCUUUAAUGUGGUGGUUCUGGCCCCUCUGCUGCACUGUGGCCAUCCGGGAUCCACCCCCCUCCCGCCCCCCUCUUCCGGCCGAGCCAGAGGAGGACCUUCUACCCAAACACAAGUGGCCUGCUGUGGAUGCAUCAUACUAUGGAGGCAGAGGGGCUGGAGGAAUCAAACCCAUGAAGGUGAACUGGGGGCAGAGAGGCUCCACCAAAGAGGGUUCUCGACUGGAGAAAGCCAAAAACGCUUCAAUCACCAUGCCGGAGGAGCCAGAGAUUUCUCAGCUCCCUCCCAAAGAAACUCCGGCCCACGCUCCCCCACCCCAGCCAAAAUGGUACACUCCAAUCAAGGGGCGUGUUGAUGCCCUGCUGGCUUUACUGAGGAGGCAGUACAACAGGGUGUCCAUCAUGAGGCCUUCACCUCGGGAAAAGGGCCGCUGUGUGAACUUCACCCGAGUUCGGACUCGCUAAGCUGCAAGAUGAAUCCACUUUUCCACUUAUGGCUUUAGAUCAGGGGUGUCAGAAUCCAGGCCCUCGAGGCCCGGUGUGUCUUCUAACCAACCUGCCAUGAAAGCUCCUUGUUGGCUAAACACACCUGAUCCAGGUAAUCAGCAGCAGAUAUGGUCAGAAUUCUGGAAGGAGGCCUGAAGUUUGACACCUCUGAUCAACCUGCGCUUUCUGAGUACAUGAGAAAUUCAUGUUUUCUAAAUAAACAGCUCCACUGAU